AUGGUACGAGUGUUGUUCCAUCUCGUCGCAGCGCUGAUACUAAUCGCAGGCUCCGUUACUGUUUAUAGUGACUCUUCUUGUAAAUUUGCUUUCCCCAAUCUCGGUGGUUAUACACACGGCGAUAAAUUCACAGACACGCAAGAUUGUGACUCUAGUAGAGAUGUUAUCGGCAUUGGAAUAAGAGCUGGCGAGGUCAUCGACGGCUGCGGCUUUUACUGGGCAACCAAGAACAACACGAUUUUUUCUAUGUAUCACGGUGGAAAUGGUGGUAAAUGGACAUACCAUGCGAUUGAUCCUACGAAAGAGAUUAUUGUUUCAGUGAAAAUCUUUUGGGGUAAGCAUAAUGAACGAACUGCAGUUCUUGGCUUGUCUUUUACUACCAGCUUGAAUAAUGUGAUCUCGGGCGGUACUUUAAAGGGUAAAGAGAAGCUGUACGAAGCGCCUGUGGGCUACAAAAUGUGUGGCAUUGAAGGCACAAGUAGUGCAAGGCUGGACUCAGUCGCUCCCCUGUGGAUGAAAUUAGAUGGUUGUGGCCCUCCAGAGUCAACACCGCCUCCCGGUGACAAGGACAAGGACGAUGGUUCGUGCGAGGGUUCAGCUGACAAGGAUGAUGAUGAUUCAAGUGAUACAGAUGAGAACAAACAUAAAUUUUACACUAGAGAACCUUACGGCCCCUCCCCUCCUGUAGGACCUUACGGCCCCUCCCCUCCUGUAGGACCUUACGGCCCCUCCCCUCCUGUAGGACCUUACGGCCCCUCCCCUGCUGUAGGAUUUUACGCGCCCCCUACUCCCUCUCCAGGAUAUUUUUCAGCAGGAGGUUACAACGCCGCAGCACGUCCUUAUAGUCCAAACUUGGAACAGUUCAAUGCUUACGGACCAACAACUACCGCUUACCAGUCGGGUUACGUUCGCGCGAACCCAAGUGCAUAG